AUGAAUAGCAAAACAGACAUUCCGGCCCCAGCUAGUGACAAUGUGGAUGGACUACGUAAGUCCAGAAAUUCUCCCGCAUGUAACAGCUGCAGAAACUCCAAAGUCAAGGUAAGUGUUGUCCGACUUUCAUCCGCAAAAGCCGCUGCUCUAGAAUCUGGUCUUGUUCUGAUGCUCGGGAACCAGUGCUCGGGAACGAUGCCCUGCGCGUCGUGUGUUUCGUCUGGAGAGCAUUGUGUUUAUAACGGAACAUCGUAUCGCAGAAGAACGACUGCAUUGAGCCGCAAGGUGGACGAGCUCAGUCUCUACAAAUGGGCCUUCGAAGGUCUCUUGAUUUCCCUUCGAAACUCUCGAGAUCAUAACUUCAUUAGAGUCCUUGAACAGAUAUAUGAUGAAUCUUCCAUGCAGGAUCUAACGAUUACGAUCUCCUCCUCCCUUGCAACGACAGAAGUUCCCGAAGCCAUUCAGAGCAUGGUAGCGGACGUCAAAUCGGAGCUCGAGGAUGUCAUACAUAGAAAUGCCAAACAGGAAGGCCGUCGCCCAAAGGGGUCUAUCAGAAAACGCAGAUCUAUCAGAGUCCGGGAAAUCUCUGGUGGACCCUCCAACCAUCCAUCUUCUUUCCCUGGAGGUUUAGAGUCCUGUAGUCCGAUGCAGCGGAUCAAGCACGAAGUUGGAAGUCCUCGGAUUCCAGAAGCAACUGCUCCUGGGAAUUUGGUGCUCGACAUAUCGAGCGAGCAUGAAGCAAGGACUCUACAGCAAGGUCAAAUGAGAGCGGCUUCUGGCUUAGGCCUCGGCGAAGUCAUAAGAUACUUGAAUGAGUUUCAGAAUCCCAGGAUAGACCAGAGCGUCGAUGGAAGGCCAUGUGACCUCAAUGAUGGUCGGGCGGUGGACUCGAGGCUGGGUACUCAAGCAUUGUUUUCUUUUGUUUCAAAGGAAUCUUUUGACAAGGAUCGUGUCACUUUCUCUGCCGAUGACUGCUCGCACCAUGAAGCCCGCAGGAGGUCACACCCCCCGAUGACCGUGGCACCGCCAAGGACGGCGCCAUUCACGCAUGCUCCAGUCGAGGACCAGAGCACAUACCCGUCCCUUUCCAGGGAUGCUGCAGAACCGCAACUGCUUUCCAGUGCCUCGUCAACCUUCAAUGAUUGUCAUGACAUGUCCCCGAGCGUCCACAGCAGACGCCAUCGAUGGACUGAUAUUCCGCCAUCAGUCUCUUGGCCAGCAUCGUCCAUGGCAUUGCCUCGAUUGGAACCCAAUGCCAGGCCAAUGGCGAAAGCCAUCACGGAUUACCUGAAACUUGCUCGCAAUUUGUUGUCUCAAGGGUGUCCGGUGGAUGACAUCUUGGGUCCGGAAAGACCCUAUGUCGAUCUACUCUUUCGACGUCGGCGCCAAUCCGACUCACAUUCUGCUUGUCAUUUUGCUGCGGAACUCUGUACAAUGCUUGAAGAAAUGGAAUGGGCUUCCCGGCUGGCUCUCUCGGUCAUGUUUACAUUCUUGAUCAGGUGGAUGAUUUCACCAUCAGAGGAAAACUACUUGAAAAUCCCACAGCUGUACCGGCCAACAUCUGCUCAAAUCAACAUACCACACAGCGCCGACAUUGAACUGUGUCCAAUUCCGCACCUGCGGGAGGCACUUUGCCACAGGAAUUGGUACUUUUUUCCGGCACUGGUAAGCACCACCACUUGCAAUUGGCCGAAUCCGUCCAUGGAUUCCUGCACCGAGUGGGUCUACGAAGACGACGCCCAUUCCGUUCUCACGGCAGAUUUUAUCAUGCAUGCCAUGCACUUGCAAAAUUGGACGGUUGGUCCGGGGAUAAUUGACAUGUCUCCAGAGAUUCAAGGUACUUUUGGGACAGAGGGUUAA